CUGAUAGACGGCACUGACUGGCAUCACUGCUGGGCACUGACUGGCGGCACUGACUGGCACAACCGCUGGGCACUGACUGGUGGCACUGACUGGCAGCACUGCUGGGCUGCACUGGUGGGUGGCACUGGUGGGCAGCACUGGUGGGUGGGCACAGGUGGGUGGCACUGGUGGGCACAGGUGGGCGGAACUUGCGGGUGGCACUGCUGGGCACCAAUCAUCAGUGCACUGAUCAUCAGUGCCCUGAUGAUCGGUGCCGAUCCCCGCUCUGACAACUGCCGGUUCUCGGCAGUACUUUCCUCACGAUCUGACAGCGUGAGGAAAGUGCAGCCGAGAACUGGCACUUGC